CCGUCUUGCUCAAGUGUUUGGACCAGACAGCCACGGUACCAUACAAGAUGAGAAGUGUACAUUAGUUUAAAAAAAAACAAAAAAACAAAUACCCCGGCUGCGUGUGAAUGUCCACCGGACUCCUUGCACCCUCGACGCCCGCGCCGGUGAUGCCAUGCCGCGGGGUCACGGUGGCGAUGAGAGCGGUGGCGGCGAUGCUGGUUUCGGUGUCGGUGUUGUCGGUUCCGGAGUCUGGCUCAAGACUUCCCCGGGACGCCUGGGAAGGGACUUCCCCCCGAGCGAUGUGGAGUUCGGCCAGAGGACUAUGAACCACGCGGUUUGGACCGGAGCAGGGGACGCGCUGGGGCCGCCCGGCGCCGCCGACCGGAGGAAACAGGGCGCCCGGCUCAGCCUGCUGGGCAAGCCGCUGACGUACAGCGCACAAGGGGGCAGGAGGAACGCGCGCUACCGAUGGCUCCAGAACUACCUGUACAAUGUCCUGGAGAGACCCCGUGAGUGGGCAUUCGUCUACCACGCCUUUGUAUUCAUCCUGGUGUUUGGAUGCCUGGUCCUGUCCGUGUUUUCCACCAUUCCUGCUCACCAGGAAUUCUCCUCGCACUGUCUUCUCAUUCUGGAGUUUGUGAUGAUCGUUGUGUUUGGUCUGGAGUACAUCAUCCGAAUAUGGAGCGCCGGUUGCUGCUGUCGCUACCGAGGCUGGCAAGGACGCCUCCGCUUUGCCCGGAAGCCAUUUUGUGUCAUCGACAUCAUCGUACUGAUCGCCUCCGUCGCCGUGGUUUCCGCCGGCAGCCAGGGCAACAUCUUCGCCGCCUCGGCCCUGCGCAGUCUCCGCUUCCUGCAGAUCGUGCGCAUGGUGCGGAUGGACCGGCGGGGAGGCACCUGGAAGCUGCUGGGAUCCGUCGUCUACGCGCACAGCAAAGAGCUGGUGACGGCAUGGUACAUCGGUUUCCUGGUGCUCAUCUUCUCCUCCUUCCUGGUCUACCUGGUGGAGAAGGAGGAAAACAAGGACUUUUCCACCUAUGCCGACGCUCUGUGGUGGGGCACGAUCACACUAACCACCAUCGGCUACGGCGACAAGACGCCGCAGACUUGGACCGGGAGGCUUUUGUCCGCCGGCUUCGCUCUCCUGGGAAUCUCCUUCUUUGCCUUGCCCGCUGGCAUCCUGGGUUCAGGUUUUGCCCUGAAGGUACAGGAGCAACAUCGGCAAAAGCACUUUGAAAAGAGACGGAAUCCUGCAGCCAGCCUCAUCCAGGCAGCUUGGCGUCUGUACUCCACUGACGGUGCCCGUCCCUACCUCCACGCCACCUGGCACCACUACCAAAGCGCCCUCCCCCCCCUCAGUCAAAAGUUGAGCUUCAAAGAGCGGGUCCGCAUGGCGAGCCCGCGGGGGCAGACCGUGAAAAGUCGCCAGGCGUCCGUCAACGACCGCCAGCGGUGUUCCCCCGGCAACGAGGCGGCGAGCGGCGGUGGCGAGCUGAUGGGCCAAAGCCCCGCCAAGGUGCAAAAGAGCUGGAGCUUCAACGACCGCACACGAUUCAGACCCUCGCUCAGGCUCAAGAGCCAGGCGCGCAACACAGCUUCGGACGUGGACGCCGGCAUGACCACGGAGGAUUCCCAGGACGAGCGAGGCUGCCACUGCGACGUCACGGCCGAAGACCUGUCCGCUCCCCUCAAGGCGGUCAUCAGAGCUGUCAGAAUCAUGAGUUUCCACGUGGCCAAGAAGAAGUUCAAGGAGACGCUGCGUCCGUACGACGUGAAGGACGUGAUCGAGCAGUACUCCGCGGGACACCUGGACAUGCUGUGUCGCAUCAAGAGCCUCCAGACCAGACUAGAUACUGUUGUAGGUCCUGCUCCGAGGCCCCUCAGCAGGCACGUCAAGACCUUUUCCUCCCCGUCCCUGCAUUUGUAUUACAGUCAGGCCCGGAGGAAGUCCUCUGCACCGGGGUUAGACCCUGCGAAAGGGGCUUCUGCCAACUUGAGUAGUCGACUCAGGAACAUGUCCUCCCCCGCCCUGCAUUACAAUUACGGCAACAGGAAGAAGAGCUCGGCCUCAGGGGUGGACCAAAUCCUGGGAAAAGGCCAAAUUGCCGUGGAGAAGAAGAUGAAGGACAAACUCAACCCGGACGGAGAUGCUCACGACGGCGUCAGCAUGCUGGGCCGCGUGUGUAAAGUGGAGAGGCAGGUUUCUUCCAUCGAGUCCAAGUUGGACUCCCUGCUGGACGUGUAUCGCCAAGUCCUCCAACGAGGUCCGUCUGCGUUGGCCCUGUCCUCCCUGCCCCUCUUCGAGCUGGACCGGCACCGCGACUCCGACUACCCGACCUCCAUCCUGGACCGGGACCCGCCCUCCCCGCAAGGAAGUGACGGCAACGCCCGCCCGAGGGGACUGCGUCUCAUCCUGCCCCCGGCCGACAGCGACGAGGGCCCCCCGGACUCUGCGCCUCCGUCCUACCCGCCGUCCACCGCCUCGCUUUCUCCGUCGCCCCUGCUGCCGCCCGACAGCCCCUACCCCACGCUGGUCACCCCCAACGGCGCCAGGCGGGCGCAUUUCCCCGACCUGCCUCCUCCGCCUCUUUCCGCUGGGGGCUUCACCCUCCAGUUGCCUCCCGUCAUGCACCCCUCCCACCUGCGCUGCCCCGUCCCGGACGGCGCGGUAGCCCACGGGGGCGGCCCGGGCCCCUCCGUCGUGGUGGGACCCGGCGAGGAGCCCGGCUUCGUGCAACUACGGGAGAAGCCCGGCUCCAAAUCCGACGCCGCCUGGAGGCGACACAUGAGCCUGGAGGUGGACCCCCUGCUCGUGUUGUCGCCGGGCGACGUCCCGUCGGCUCCCGACUGGGGCGCCCUCGGGAAGUCCCUUUCCAUGCACAAUCUCAAUCGGCACGGCGAAGACGACUGGAGCGGGAGCGGACUCUUCAUUUGCGAGCGCAAACUGGCGGCCGCCGGCGAUCAUUCGGACUCUGACAGGAGCCCAGCUGCGGACCAGGAUGCGCUCGCUCCAGACUUCCUCGGUCAGUCGCCGCGUAUCCAGCUGGCAUGACCACACACACACACACUCAUACAGUCACUGUAUGCCACUCUUGGGGAGGCCACUUUAAAACCCUUUCUACAGGAGAUGACUUAUUGCUUGCGAUUGUACAAUUUCUUGCUAUAGUUUGUUCAUUUUCAUCAACUAUGUCUCAAACGAUGUAAUUCAUAGGCAAAAGAAACACCUUGAUACACUACUUGCAAAAUCUUCAUGGCAAUUUCAGGAUGAACCUAAAUUACACCACAGUGAAUGAUAGUUUACAGAGGUUCAAAUUGUGUUCGCCUGUCAAGCUUCUAGUGAAGUUUAGGUUCUUCCGGAAAUUUCACCCAAAAGCCCUUUUGUGAGUGGCGUAUCUGUGAAAACGACCAAAUGCAUGUUAGGCAAAUGCAGAGAAUUUGUCAAAGGUAAUUUGAAACCAAUAUACAGCUGGAAAAAGAACAAAAUACUGUAUGAGUAAAUUACUAAAAACUAUGGCAGAAAAAUUGGGAUUUCAUGAGCAUGUUUGAAUAUAAUCUAACAUUAAAAGCAGGUAACACGGAAUUGCGAGUCAGCAUUAAAUGAUGAAUGAAUAUAGCUAUAGUUGUGACAAGCAAAUGCAUGACUAAUAUAAUUAAUAUACCUUAAAAAAUUGGGGAGGAAAAUAUGAUUUCAUUAGAGUAUUUAAGUUUAAAUCAGAUGCAAAACGGGAAAGAAAUUAAGGAAAAUCACAGAGAAUCAUUGGACAAUGAUUUAUAAAAAUAGCUUCAUUUAUUUUGGAAAAUGCAGGUAUAAGUAAUAUACCCCCAAAAAAUAUGCCAGGGAAAUAUGAGUUCAUGAGGAUAUUUGAAGAUUAAAAGCAAAUUAAAACUUAAAUUUAAAGCAGAUUUCAAUUAAAAACAAGGAACUGUAAGUCACAUUUAUUUGGAAUAAAUAUGUCAGGCAAAUGCAGAGAAAUUAUGAAAUCAACGUGAAAAAGUCUAACACAGAAGCAUAUAAAAAAAGAGAAGUAUGUUAGAAAGAUUAGGAAUUUUUUUACAUUGGUCAAAAUUUAAAAAGCAGCAGAUGAGCGUUGAUUACAUUUUCUUGAUGGAUUAAUUCGUAAAGUCCCGAUUAUUUUUUAAUAUGUUUGAAUUCAUUCAUAUAUACUAAUAUAAAUUGAUCAGAGGAUGUUUGGGAGGAUGGAGCCCAGCUUCUUCUUUCCAUAACGUCGUUGAGAGUGAAUCAACAGCGCCUCUGCUGGUUGAAACCGAGUAGAACACUCCAUCUCGUCACCAUAAAGAACAUCGCCACAAAAAUGAAAAUUCCACAACAAAUAUCAGUUCUUAAAAAAAAAUUCUUCUGCCCAUCCCUCAUCAACGAUGAAUUAUGACUUGUACCGUUGUUGUUUAUUGCAAUUUAAAUUAUCAUUCACUCGCUCUCUUAGUCUCUCACCAAAUGUCUUUAAUCAUGCUGCGUUUAAAAAAGAAAAAGUGCAUGCCGAACUGAAAUAUUCACAGUAAUAAUGACUAUAAUUAUAAUACUACAGGCCUAAAACAUACUGUAACUUACAGUUAGCAUGGCAAUAUGUAUUCAGGACACGGACGUCUUUAUGGAAAGUCAUUUCAGCAUUUAUUCCAUCAGUGCACUAGUAGACCGACUCGGCUUAUGAGUAGAAUGCCUGUUUGACUAGUAAAAAAAAAAUUCCCACUACUGUAUGUCAGUUCUGCACAUUUGUAGGACAAUUUGGCUUAUUAGAAGGACAAUUACAUGUUAAUAGUGAGGCAAAACUAAUAAUGCAAAUUGUGGUGCUACUAGCAAGGUCCAGGAGGCUACUAGUAACUGACACAUGACGAACAGUUGGGGCGAGUAGUGUUACAUGUGCAGCACGGUAAUUUACUAGGAAGGUUUAAUUGUGUACUAAUAGGGCAAAAGUGGCACUAUUAGUGGGGGAAAAAAACAUUACUGGAAGGAAACAGUGGUUCGACUAGCGCGCUGUAGUCGUCGUACUAGUGCGACGAAGUGUCCUACUAAUAAGAACAAACAUCGUACUAGUACAGGGACCUGAAGCCGGAUACCAAGGACAUGGAAUACAUUUUCAAAGGCUUUCCAAUAUGUUUGUUUACGACACUAGUGAACCAAUUUGACUGGUGGUUUGAUUUUGAUGCCGCGUACGCGAUGUACGCUACAUGUCGCAAUGCUAACAGGGAGAGAAGGCUCUGCACUGCAUGUUGUCUCCCCAGAACACUAAACGUUACUUUAAAUAUCUAUAAAUUAUAUUCUUAAUCAUUUGAUUGUAGAUAGAACUUUUUAAAGAUUUGGAUUGAAUUUCAUGUCCAACUUUUGUUGACAACCCCUGUAUUUGGGUGCUGGUGGCCUGCAUGUAUUAAUGACAAUGAAGCCACACCCCCUGAAAUGCGGCCUGGCCAAUCCCACCGCAAAGCUUUUUUUUUUUUUACAUAUUGGAUAUAUUGUGCUCAUUUAAAAGCUUAUUAAAGCGAACCCCUGUGUAUAGAACAUUUUCAAACAACGUACAGAGGAAGAACAAACAACAAAAUUCACUUCCACUUCAUAUAUUCUCUCUGCACUAUGGGAACAACAACUACUCUAUUACAGGAGCUGAAUUGGAGACCUUCUCUUCCUCUUCUUGUUGCUCUUAAUUUCGCUGCACCUCUUCCAGUAGACUUCAGUGCUGCGAAAUUCAGACUUGUCUGUACACCGUAAACCCAUAGAAAAACAAUUGCUGAAAAAUCUACGAUAUAGCGCGGGCGCGUGAAUCAUGAAGUUGCACGUGGAUUUUUAGAAGCAAAACUAACACAAGAUAAACGCAAGGCUCUUGAUGAAGCUGUUGGGCUGUCAAAAAUCAACUCGUUUGCGCGCCGAUAUUGUUACAUUAUCUGUAAAGUUAACCCGGAUGCUAAUGCCAAGGCUAGCUAUGUGCUCCGAUUCGCAACGUACGCAACUGCUAAUUUAUUUAUUUUUUUUAAAUAUGAUAAUAAAAUGAAAUAUUGACAAUUAGCGUUACAUGUGCUCAAUGCAAAGCGGUAAACCAAUGUCAAAAUGUGGCAUGUUUAAAAAAAAAAAUAUUAAGUUGUUUAAAAAAUACACAGGAAGAUAAGUGAGAUUUUUCUGUGAAUCAUUUGACACGAUGUUCAAGAAAACAUACUUGGAAAAGUCACAUUUUGGGUGCCGUUUUUUAUGUAUGAACACAUAUUUGUGUUGCAGUCUGUGACAACGAGGCCCAGCUUUUAAACCCUUUUUGAAAAAUUGUGCAUCUUGUUAAAAUCUUCCUAUUUCAACUGUUAAGAACGUUCUUCUAUUGCUCGAGUCUCAGAUUGCCUAUGAAAUGAUUCACAGUAGUCUUAAAUGUAUUUAACGCGUCAUGGACUAACCUCAUUCCCCCUCCAUUAUAUUCUAAUGUUUGCCUAGUAACAAGACUGUAGUAUUUUUUUAACAGGCCAGUGUAUUUAAAUAUGUUGUUGCUGGUGCAAUGGAAUACAAAAAGUACAGUGGAAAGAGCGCGUGGAGCCUGAAAAUGUGACACACCACACUAGUUGAAUGUGUCUUAAUGUCGGAGAAUAUUGCUUGAACUGAGAAAUAAUUUGCGUUUAAGAAUCUGUUCAUUGCUUAAUGGUGCCUUUUUAUUUGUGGAGUCUCCCAAUAGAUGCCACCUUAUAUGUUUAUCCGUCUACUAAUUUGGGGAUCAUUUGUCAAUCUAGUUCAUUUAACUCACAUAGCUCUCACUACAGAUUUUUUUUUUUUUUUUAAAUAAUGCAUUUUCUCUAUACUGCUUGAAUGGUAAUUUAUUGUUUAUUAUUACACAACGGGCCUUAAAAAAGCUUGACAAUGUUAACACUAUUUUUACGUUAAAAUUAAUUUAUUACAGGUGCACAUUAUAAUUAUCUGUAUGAG